UGACGCAAUCAUUCUGCGACAAAUCAACUGAUACCGAAGGCAACAUGGCAGCCCCUGAGAGUAAGAAGCGUGGUUUGGAACAUUUGGAUGAAUAUGAACCAAAACCUGUCAAACACCUUCGAGGCCUGCAUGACCGAAUGGCAGAGAGGAGACUGGUGGUCAUUCUCGAAGGAGCUUCGUUAGAAACAGUGAAGGUUGGAAAAACCUUUGAGCUGUUAAACUGUGACCAACAUAAAAAUAUAAUCGUCAAAAGUGGAAGAAACCCUGGAAAUAUAAGACCAGAUAUCACUCAUCAGUGCCUGCUCAUGUUGAUGGACAGUCCAUUGAACAGGGCAGGCCUUUUGCAGGUUUACAUCCACACAGAGAAAAAUGCCUUAAUAGAGAUAAACCCACAGACCCGCAUCCCAAGAACCUUCAAUCGCUUCUGUGGCCUAAUGGUUCAACUGUUGCACAAGCUGAGUGUCAGGGCAGCUGACGGUCCUCAGAAGCUUCUGAGGAUGAUUAAAAACCCAGUGUCUGACCAUCUGCCUCCUGGCUGCCCCCGCAUGUCCACCUCCUUUUCUUCUGGAGAGGCAGUCUGUCCUCGGACUUUGGUACCAGAGGGACCAGCUGCAGUGGUGAUCGGAGCAUUUGCACAUGGAGCGAUUAAUGUGGACUACACAGAGAAGACUGUAUCUAUCAGUAACUACCCCCUCUCUGCGGCACUGACCUGUGCCAAGAUGUGCUCAGCCUUUGAGGAAGUGUGGGGUGUCCUGUGAUAGUGAACUAGUGAUGUUGACCUGGAAAAGAGGAACAUGGACAUUCUUAAAUGGACUAGAAAUGGACAUUAUGGAAACAUUAGACCAAAUGUCAAUUUUGCCGGUGAUGUUGUAUGGACUACAACAAUUUAUCAUCUUACACCCUGUAUGUGUAUACUGAUUUUGUCUCUUUGCAUACCCUUUUUUUGUACCACUUCCCCUUUUCAUUUUUUUGUGACGCUAUCAAUUGCUCCAAUAACAGAGUUUUGGAUUAUCAAUCAAUACAAUUACAUUUAAAUAAAUAACCAUGAUGAGUCA